AUGGUGAGAAAUGUUUCAGCCGAGAUCUUCUCAAAACGGAUUUAUUACUGCCAGAAAUGUCUCAAUCACGAGAAGAAAGUGGCAAGGAAAAAUCACAAAUGUCAAUGUCCGUUCAUCGAUUGCAGUUGUGAAAAAUGUUACUUGGUGGAGAAGCGGCGCUUUUUGAACGCUCAAUUGCAUGAGUUGGAAGAAAUCUCGUACCAAGAGACGAAUGUUGCAACGGAAGAUCAAAUCGAGUCGAAAAACUUGAAGCCAACAUUUCUCAUAUCAGCUUGUCGAGGGAAAGGAGGUUGGGAUCUAGAUGGGAAGUGUGUUAGCGUGAAGAUUAUCAAAUUACCGUAUUUUCUG